CAUCAUCAAAAGGAACUUCUAUGAUGAGGUUUAUCGUUUUACUAGCCGUUUAUUUUAUACAUUUCGCAUUGCGCUGUUUAGCUGCUCAGUAUCAAUAAAUUAGACUUGGAUAACACAUAUUGAGUUUGGUAAAAGCGUUCACGUUUGGUAUUAGUUUCGGCUAGACUCAUCUCUAUUUACCUAGCAUGGUGACCAACCGCUUACGUGUCCAUCUUGCGCGAUUGCAGAGUAAUAUGUCCGUUAAUAAUAACGUCAUUAAUCAAUUCUUCAUUAUUGGAUUAUAUCGCAUAUGAAUUCCUCAGCACACCGUUUCCCUCUAUUGACAGUUGUGGCGAUCAAUUUUGGCUAUCCAAUCUAAGAGAAAGCUAUUGAGAAUGCGGAAUCCCUUGCCGUUAGGCUUGCCUUGAUUUGAGAAUGGCCAACGUAUUCGAGGAAGUUGCGGAACGUACGACAAGACUCAACCAGUUGUUCAGGGAGCUUUCUGAAGCUUACUUCCCAGCAGAGCAGGUUUCAUCAGUUGCAUGCUACAGGUUAACGGAAUCGCUUGGAGUUCAGGUGCGCGGUACGCCCUCUGAUUCCACCGUCGUUUCGACAUUGGCCGGGGAGGUGAAAGCACAUUAUAGCGAUGAUGGCCUGCUAAGCGCUCAGAUCAAACUCUUUCAAGACCCUGUACCGGUUCAACUAACAUUAGGCAAUGCACCGAAACUUUUCCUCGAAUCUCGGCGCGUACAAAAAAAAGCUCUACCAGAGCUAAUCAAAGCAGACUGCUGGAAUUAUAUUGUCCUAGACAAAAGUUGCCUGAAACAGAUCCUCAAUAUUGCGGGAGGACACAAGGUAGUUCACCGUGGUGACGUCACAUUUUAUUUUGACGAAUGUUUGGAGUGGCUGAUUGAAGAUGGCGUCAACUCGUUGAAGGUCUUCGGCACAUCACUGAAACACGGGCUCCUUAAGGAUGUUCGAGAGAAGGUCAAGAACGCUGUUCCAGCUAUUGAGGUGGAUAAAGUGAAACGGUGUCUCGAGAAAGAGAUCGAACUUCUUCAAAGUGUUGAAUAUAGAUCGUUUACAGCCGCGCGUCGGUUAUUAAUGGCAUUGGAAGUCGAAACCGAUCUCGCUGUUCAAGAGUUGAUUGGAUAAGUUUGAUAGUGAUGUGAAAAAUUGACGCGAGCUAAUCAGCAGGGAUUCCAGGAGAAGUAUAUCUGCGUGGUUUUUCUAAUCAAUCAAAAUAACAUGACGGUAUAGCUCGCUUUUUUUAACUCUCAGACCGGAAAAAUGAGUCGUUUGGAGGUAACUGCGUUUGUUCUUGGCUUCUUGGACCUGUUCGCAGUAAGCAUGAUUAUACCACAAAUAGCAAUCAAUUUCCGGAAUAAAGGCUAUUCACCGUUUGUGUAUGGACUGGCGGGAACAACGUAUGGUAGCCUUCAGACUAUAAGUGGACCCACUUUCGGAGGUUACAGCGACGUAUAUGGUCGUCGAAAAUGCACUCUCUUAGCGUUCUACCUGUCUGGUAUUGUCUAUUUGUGGUUGAGCCUUGUCGAAAGCAUUCUUUUAUUUUUUAUAGCUCGUGCAGCCCUUGGCUUAGUUAAACAUACCCAAACGAUGCUUAAAGCGUAUUUAUGUGAUAUGACUCCGAGAGAUGAGCACACAAGGAUUCUAGGAUAUUUUCAUGCUAUAUCGAGUGCAGGUUUCAUCGUAGGCCCAUUAAUCGGAGCGCAUAUACGCAGCUUCGAAAACGGAUGUGCUAUUGCUGGCCUAAUUUUUAUUACUGCUGCACUAAGCGCACAUUUGCUGUUGCCAAAUUCAGUUCACGUCGUCGAGAAGAGCGACAUGAAACGGAAACAUGAGUCAAUUGUAGCUCUUUUUAGAAGCAUUGACUGGCCGCAAUAUUGGGACCUAUUUAGUGGUCGCCUUGUAUUAGCUACCGCCGUCGGCCUAUAUAAAAGCAAUCUCAGCUAUAUGUUGAUGCUGAUGUACUCACUGUCGACAAAGGAAAUUGGCUAUAUCACCUCUUUGAUGGGGCUCGUUGCCGCAGCAUCAGGCUUUCUGGUAGGUCCAAUAUUUACACGAUUCAACAGGGACAGUUGCUACAUCCUCGUCAUUUGUAGUUCGAUUCUAUCGGUUAGCUUUGUCCUUCUCUACGUGUCCACCAAUUUGAUUCACAUCGUGGUGCUGCUAAUAGCGUUUCAACUAUUCUCAAGUCUGGCACGAGCAUUUGGCGUUGACGCCGUGCUAAGUCGCGGCGCAGCGAGUGGUAUUGGAACUUUACAUGGUGCCUUACAAAGCGUGAGUUCUGUAUCACGUGGAGUUACACCAAUCCUAGGUGGUAUUUUGCAGAAUGUGCAUAUGGAGCUGCCGACGCUCGUGUCUGCGGCUCUGGCACUAGUAGGCAGCAUAAUCUUUUUAUACGCUUCAGUGUUGAACGAUAAUAAAAGAGGAUUGAAGACUGACUAAACAAUAUUAUUAUGAUUUACAACCAACAGUUAUAUGACGCGUUAUGGAGGAUUUAAGGAGGCCAAGCUGCGCAUAAACAGCAGAUGUCGCGGAUAAAAACUACAUCCAAGUACUUAAAUGGCUCAAGUUAGGUAGUCGUUAUCAUGGACGUAUAGGUUGCACAUAUAUAUUUAUUGAGAGUAAGCAAAACCUGUCAGUUUUUGAUGAAUGAUGUUGACUACGUGCUAGCGUAAUGGGCUAGGUCUAGUUUAUGAGCGAAUCGAAAAAUGCUUUUGCUCAGGGAUACACAAAUAUAGAAAAAAUUUGUUAAUGUCGUGGCUGUUCGUUUGUACGUAACAUUUAGCAGAAAUGGUCUGUUCGUAAAAACUACGCAUGGGUGUAUGACUGAAGUUAUAAUAUUCGACGAAUGUAAUAUAAACAGAUGCGAACUUCUUAAGCUUCAUUUCAUCACAUAAUGCAGCAUUUGUCAUUCGAACCUCUGUCGGAAGUUGAGCUAUUGAACCGAUAUAAGUCUACAGCUAUAUGUGAAAACCCGAUGGCAGCAUCUAGUUUCCGAAAAGCCCUUUUUGUCCUGAAUGUACCUCUUAGCUACAAAGGUUCUAUAAAUAUGCGAAACGAGUGAACUUGCCUUACGAUCACCACGUUAACAAUGCAAAAAAGGGCCGCAUUGCUUGUUCCGCGGCCCCGUGUAUGAUAGCCCAGCUAAGUUAUGUUUACUAACUACUCCACAAUUUUUUGAGUUUUUAGUGCCUAACCGUAUAGGAGUGUAUCACCUUCAACCAACAAGCAAAAAAAGACACUAUAAUAAAUUGCUCUUAAUAUCGCUGUUAAACAGUUCAGAAACGGUGUUUGUUAACAGAAAUAUAUAAAUAUAAAAUUGUAUGCGCCAUAAUGUUUUGUCGUGCGUAAAGUAAUAAGUAAACUAAGCAGAACAGCACGCGGUUCUCUGUCAACGUGUGCGACCAAGUUUUGCUGUUAUAGUGCAUUUCAAAAAGUACUCGCAUUGCCUUAGCGUUGUACCUCGUAUCGGAUGGUAGGUAUCCAUGAAUACAUUUUACAAAAAUACUUGCUUUAGAAAUAGAUAGAACUGAACUCCAGAGAACGACAAAUAAGCUUCAGCUGGAGUGUGCAUCUGAAAUAAGUAGAUAAAUGGGCACCUCAAUGAUUACCUGUAUGUAAUGACGAGAAUAUCCUUUUGUUACUUACAAGGGAUUGCAUCAAUAAAAAUGAACAGUUUCAAAGAUCUGUA